ACAUGGCUGCUGACUUUAGGUUGUAAGGAGCCCUCUCAAAUCUUAUGUUUUUCCGUUUCCACGAUGGCAAAGUGAAGUCUUCCGUUUUUCAUCCAAGAAGUUUAUCCUUGAACAUUUGAAAGUUUAAAAAAAUAGCUGUUCGUCGUGGUGUGUUGAGAAGUUUUUCUUUUCACGUGUCAUUCGACGUACGUCACGCUCACUAAUGAAUGGUUCGUCUUACAUUAUCCACUGGCAAAAAAAUAAGAACAUCUACUUUGUGUUGUGUUGAAUCAUUUAUGGUGCGAUUGGCUUGCCAUGGGAUCAGAAUGUAGUGUUGAAAAGGAUUACGAGCUGGAUGAACCUGUCGAAUGUAAUAGCAAAGAAUGGAGUAUUUACACAGCGAGAAGGAGUCAAGAUGGCCUCAAAGUUACUGUAUUUGUCCAUGAGAAGAAAGGGAAGGAAAAGAAUAGGGAUUAUGAAAGGAUUUCUAAAGCUGCACAGUGUCUCAAAACUCUUAAACAUCCAGCCAUUCUUAGACACCAUUGGUCCUAUGAUAACUCAGAAGAGUUUUGUAUGGUGACAGAACCAGUCAGGCCUUUAGAAUCUGUUAUAAAGAGUUUAGACACAAUGGAGAUAAUUGCUGGACUCUAUAAUGUUGUUGAAGCUCUAGUAUUUUUGCAUGAGAGGGGUGGUCUGUCACACAACAAUGUCUGCAUGUCGUCUGUGUACGUAAGUGAUAAUGACUGGGGAUGGAGACUUGGUGGAAUGGAACAUGUCUGCAGAUUUUCUGAAUUGACAAAUGAGUUUUUGUCAGGAACAAGAGCACAAAGGGACACCAAGUCUAUUUCUCCAGAAGAAAAGGAUGGUCGAGUAAAUGUUAGUCUUAAGACAGGUCAUGCCCUUGAUGCAUAUGGCUUUGGUAUGUUUGUCAGUGACAUCUUGGAUACUCGUACAGAUUUAGGAGAUGCAGGUGAAAAUUUUGGAGAAAAGAUGCAGAGUUUAUUUCUUCAUGAGAAUCCUCAGAUGCGGCCUCAGUUUUCCAGUCUUCUUGGUGAUGAAUUCUUCAGGAGCGGCUUUCUGGAGAUAAUGACAUUUCUUAACCAAAUAACCAUUAAAACUGAUGUUGAGAAAGAAAAAUUCUUCAGUUCUCUUGCCUACAAGUUGACAGCAAUUCCACCAAGGCUUGUUGCCAAGCGAAUGCUUCCGAGAUUGAUGUCGAGAUUUGUUCUGGCUGACCCUAGUGCAGAGAAAAAUUUCCUCCCUCAUCUCCUGACUCCUAUCAAAGAUGGUAAUGAUGCUGAUUACCAGUCAAGCAACCUCUCUCCAGUUCUCCCAGACGAACUGUUCAGAGAACACUGUAUUCCCAUUUUAAUGACUCUAUGGUCCAUCAGGGACGGACAUGUCCGGAUGAUUCUUCUCAAAUAUUUUGGUCUCUAUGCCACCUCUUUUGAGGAAGAAGUUCUGGAAAAUUUCAUUCUACCUCAGUUCGUGUUUUGUUUUUCUUUUCAGUUUAACAGUUCUGAGAGCAUGCCUACCAUAUCUACAAAUAAUGUCAUGAAGGAAAAGAAGAUUAGCAACAUUGGUCCCACAAAUGUCAGUGGAGUCAUCGACUUUGAGAACAAGUUGAGCCCAGAAUCAGACGUAACUGUACAGACAUCCACACGUAAUACUAACGACCAAAUUCGAAAUCAGGAAAGGGAAAAACGGAGACAAGAAAUGGAGAAGAGGAAAGACGAGAGGAAAAAAGAGAUGGAACGGCGCAGAUUGGAACGAGAGAAACAAAGAAUAGCUAAACAGUCGUCUCCUAAGAGAUUUACAGAUUUAGUUGUCCCACAAGGGGACCCUGAUCAGGGAGAAUUUGAACAAUGGGAAGAACUUGAUGAGUCCCCAAGCUCCCCGCGGUCAGACGUAACGAGCAGUCGUUCAAGCCAAGCAACUGCUGAGCAUGGUGUUAACUACUGGAGUGAUGAUCAGAGUGUUACCAGCGAACAGGACAAAUUAGAAAUGAACAACGUUGAUGUUAAUAUCUCCCUGCAAGCGGGGAAAUCAAACGAACCUUCCUCUCUCUCUCGCAAUAAAGAGAGCUAUCCAUCGAAAUCUAGUGCGCCGACGCACUCGAACGCAUUAAAACUUGGUUCUAAAAAAUCUUCAACUAAAACAGAGAAGUCUUCGAAAUCAAGACGGCGAAGUGAAGAGAGACUGGGUAGUGAAUUUGAAAUCACGCGAAUAGAAGUUCGCUCAAGAGAGCCCGAUUACUUCGCUGAUAUGGAGCCGUCAGUGACUUUUAAGGAGAAAAAUUCAGAUGUUCAACCCGGAAAAUCCCAAGGCGCAGGACUAAGUUCUAAAUUGGCGAUGGUGGAAGAUACGUCACAGGUGGAAAGUGGCUGGGGUGAUGAAUGGGAUGGUUUUGAUUAGCGAGGAGUUCUUUUAAAAUUUAUUUCCCCUUGUUCAGGUCGUAGGUUUUUUCAACAAACGAUUGAUCAAUUUGACAUUCUCCCAAUUCUCUUAGGUGGGAGGUUGAAGAAAAUGCAUCAUAAUUGUUUGUUUUCAAAUAAAAACGCAGUACUGUGAUCAUUCAAAAUCACAACGAAAGAGCUGUGGGUCCCAUCUAUACCGAGGCGAUUUUGUUUCAAAACACAUCCUUUUUAUGCGUUUUUGCCGAACAUCCAAACAAAAAGGAUCCAAAAAGGCUCAUGAAAACGGGGCCUUUUGAAAACAGCUUAGAGAAAGGAGUGUUUUGAAAAGCAUCGUUUUUGAAACAACUCCUUUUCUUGUGUUGAUAAGUGAAAGUGUGGCCCUUGUUAAUAUCGACCGCAAGAAAAAAAAGGACUCGCAAUCCUUAAUUUUUCCGAUAUGUACACCUUUUACCAUUUUAUCAAUGUGUCAUUCUUCGCGGUGACUGUUAAUUUAAUUCCUUUUUCAAAUCUAUUUUCCUCUGCUAUAGGUUUUAUUGAAUUUGCAAACAGAAAUUUUAUCGAAUUAUCGAGAAAUAAAAUGAAUAAAUAAAGACCAUUGCAUAUUUUAUAAAGUUAUUUGGCGAAAGUGUUAUAGUAUUUUUAAAGGUAAUACGUUCGAGUGAGAUGAAUAAAUGAAAUAUUGUUUAUCGACA